UGACACAACAAUGAAGAUUAAAACGGGUUCGCACAACUUCCACAUCGAUACCUAUUUCCACAAGGCAUAUCACAUCAAAGCGUAUAACCCCGUUGUCCAACCCCGUUUUCCAGAUUUCAAGGGCGGGGCACCCCUUAACACUUAGGCCUGUGUAGUUAUCGUGGUGAUACUUCAGCAAUAAUUUGUUGACGGUUAAAACAAAUGCCAUAAAAAAUGCUUUACCUUUAAAAGCAGUGGACACUAUUGAUCGGUGUGUUUUUGGUGUCCUUCGAGGACUGCGUGUUCAACUACCAAUACCACAAUAACCGAGGAUUUCAGCAGGCAUUUAGGGCGCCAGCAGGGGUUUCUUUUCGGUGGACGUAUCGAAGUGGAAGAUGUGCAAACUGUGGUGAGCAGGUGAGCGGUCACUUCACAAAUACUCAUUGUUGCGUCACGGUUGGUGUCUUCUAGUCGGUAUAGAAUUUACCACUUUUACAUUUUUUUAUUUUGGAACUCGGCCGGUGGAGGUUUAUAACAUUUGAGUUGAAGUUUUCAUCGGGUUUCAGCAUUUAACAAGACCUGUUUUUUUUAUACCGUCUGACUAAUUGAUUGGUUCAAGACUGCACCACAAGAGCCAGCCGGAUUUAAGAUGAAAUUGUUACUGUUAGUCCUCGUUGCUGUGUUGCUUCUUGUACCCGACACUGGGGCGUGGCUUAGACGAAGAAGAAGGAGGCGGCCAGCUGUCUCAUCGGCCUCCAUCGCCCGCUUCUCUAAGCUAGAGUCAAUGGCCGAAGGCGUUGUCAGCCCUGAUGGAAAACUGACUGUUGACCAGCCUAAAAAGACAACGAAUAACAAGAUCGAUACUAGUCCUGCUGGUUAUUUUGCAGUUCUGCAAAAUGUUGUGGAAGGCUAUCGUGAGUCAAAGAUGCAUGUCAACGACGGUGGUUUGGACGUCAAUGUGGAUCUUCUGCCUGAAGAGUAAAACAAAAAUCCAGCCCCCAAUUUCAUAAAGCUGUUAAAGGCA